AUGGACGACCAAAAGCUACUUCCCCCACUCGCGCGCGGCGACUCGAAGCGCGCUGACCCAAACAAGCUCUCGAUCCUCGAUCUACCGGGCGAGACUCGAAACCAGAUAUUUGGCUACUUAGUCCCGAUCAAGAGCCCAAUGAUCAUAUCCUGCGACAGUAAUCCGCUACUUUCCGCCUUCUACUCUGGUAAUUCGUUCCUCAUGAAAGCCUCUCGUGGAUGGUGUCCAAACCCCAAUUUCAAAGCCUAUCGUGGCUUCGACAUCGAGUUGCCUAUCGCCUUUCUCACCCAACUAGGCUCGCAAGCGCACUGGCUUCGCAAGGUUAUACUCGACCUUGAGGCGCUUGACAUUACUAAAUUUUUCCGAGGCGACGUCCUGUGGUAUGGUGUUCAGGAAUGCGCUGCUGACGGCGGACCUGCGCUCUUCGAAAUCACUCCCCUUCUGCGUGCUUUCUGGAAAAUGGGGCCUGCGGUUGAAUUCUCCUUCGCCCACAAUACAUUCCUGACUCCUGGACGCGCUCCAGGUAUGGCAUGCAAUGCGCCAGCCAUGAGCGCUAUGUUCCGUUCGCUUCUGGAAGGCCAACUACGGCUACGAGAGCAGGAUCGGCUGAUGGGCGCGGUUUCCCUGAAUCGAGACGGUUCCGGUGGAGCGAUCAGUUGGGGGAUCUCUCACUUUAUUGGGCGUGUCUGGUCUCAUGGGAGUGGACGAAUUGCUUCCGACGACCAUUACACAUCUAGGUUUAUCGCAGAAGAUGGCGGCGCUCGUUUCAGGAUGAUUAAACGAGAGAAACCGCUGGCUCUACUGGAUCUUCCACGACCCUUGUAUGAGCAUAUAUUCGAGAUGAUUGUACGCCCUGGUGAAGGCCAUAAAAUCGAUCUAAGCAAGGAUAAGAAGACAGACUGUGGUCUGAUUGAUGUCAGUUGGAAAAUUGGUCGCGCGUGGCGCGAGAGAUUGCUCUUCGACAACGCCUUCGAGCUAGUCCUAACGACAGACCGCGCAUCCACCAGCUUCGACCAAUUCGACCUUUUACGGAGAUUUGUCCGGAAAACUUUCAAUACAGGUGGCUUUGAAAUACAAACACGGACUGUCGUUUCCGGUCCGGGAGCGGCCAAUUCACUUAAGUACGUUCUCAAGUUUGAGUUACAAAAUGCCAUGUCCUUGAGCGACAUCCGCAUUAGCAUCCUGCCAUUGGUCAUGGAGACUUCAACGACCAGCGGAGAAGACAAAGUCAUCAUACAAGUUUGGGCUACUGAUACCGAAGGAUACCCUACCAUGGUCAGUUCGCAUACCCUUACACUUCGAGAGCUGCGCCUGAACGUCAUCACCACCAUCAUGACGACGUACUACGUGGAAUCAAAAGAGUUAGCACCCAACAUCUGGAUCAACGGCUUCGGAGAAGUCGUGCAAGUCGAGAACGUCGAUGAAGCUGUAGGACCGGCUUGGGAGUCAGCCUCUGAGCUUGUUGCAAACGACAACGACGAUGGAGGGUUCAAACUGCGGACAUUACAUCCUAUGGAUGUUCACUAUGGAUUCGACCAUCUCUCAUGGAAGAAAAAUGUAACUUUCAGUGACGAUGCUCAAUUCUUCCCAUUUCGGCGGAAGAUCGACAAAAUCUUACCCUAUCUCAUCAAGGUUGUUGUUGAUCGGGCGGGACUGUAUAAGGCUAUGCUUGGCGCGUAA